UGUCGUGCAGCAGCUGUAUCAUCACCUGAGCGAGCGACCAGCAGCACGAUGCUCGUCACACCUAUGACGAUGGAGGUCCCAAACAACACAUUUGAGAACGACUAUGGUGGCGUUGAUGAAUUUGACUAUUAUGAUAACAUAAGCUAUGCUCCGGACGACCCCGGGUUUGGACCCUGUUCUAUGAAAAACCACAGCGUUGAGCGUGUGAUCGGCCCGUACGUCCAUACCAUCAUCUGCAUCCUGGGCUUUGUGGGAAACGGUCUCGUGGUCCUCACCUACGCCUGCUACAAGAAGACCAAGUCCAUGACGGACGUCUACCUGCUGAACGUGGCCAUCGCUGACCUGCUGUUCGUGCUGCUGCUGCCUUUCAUCGUGUACAACGAGCUGUCGUCGUGGUCCAUGGGGCCGGUGGCCUGCAAGCUGUUGCGCGGCUCCUACAGCGUCAACCUGUACAGCGGCAUGCUGCUGCUCGCCUGCAUCAGCACCGACCGUUACUUCGCCAUCGUCCAGGCACGCCGCAGCUACAGACUGCGCUCGCUGCAGUACAGCCGUGUGAUCUGCGCCGCCGUCUGGGUCUCCGCCUUCCUGCUCUCCAUCCCCACCUUCAUCUUGUACAACCAGUACGAGCCGUCCCAUAGCAAGAUAAUCUACAUCGACCCAGAGUACGAGGACCUGGACUCUGGGCCUCCUCAGUACAUCUGUGAGUUUCAGUUUGAGUUCAUGGAGAACGUCACGGCCCACACGUCGUGGCGUGUCGUCAUCCCCAGCACCCAGUUAGCUGUCGGAUUCUUCCUGCCGCUGCUCAUCAUGGUCUUCUGCUACUCCGCCAUCAUCGUCACUCUCCUGAAAGCCAAAAACUUCCAGCGGCACAAAGCGGUGCGGGUGGUGCUGGUCGUCGUGGCGGUGUUCAUCACCUGCCACCUGCCGUACAGCGCCACGCUGCUGUACGACGUCAUCAAGAUGUUCGAAGAGCAGACUUGUCAGAGCGUGAACGUGCUGCAGACUGCCAAGUCGGUGACGCAGACCAUCGCCUACCUGCACUGCUGCCUGAACCCGGUCCUGUACGCCUUUGUGGGGGUCAAGUUCAGGAACCACUUCAGGAGGAUCUUCCAGGACCUGUGGUGCCUGGGGAAGAAGUACAUCGCACCCCGCCGCUUCUCCAGGACCACCUCAGAAAUGUUCGUGUCCACCCGCCGCUCGGUGGACGUGUCCAGUGAGAACGGCUCGUCUUUCACCAUGUGAGGACGGCUGGUCUCUGGAGGACUGGUUCACGGCUGUAAAUACUUUUGGGUCUCGUCAGGACGUCCAAACAUCAAUCUCAGGGGACUUGGGACGAUUUGAAACCUUAAAAAUGAGUCUCUUCUGUUUCUUUGUCAUGGUUUAAAAACUGAGAUCGCCUCACACUGGGACUGAACUUUGCCUCGCUGUAGAGUCCUGAAUCAGACUCUGUUUACCUGCUGUUCAACAAACUGACUGUAGUGCCCCCUGCUGGUUCGGCUGUGUAACUGUGCUUCUCCUGUUUCUGUGUUUCUGUGGAGAGUGAGGGGUUUGAUUUGGAAAAUAAGAAGUAGGAAAUGUAUAAAUGUGACAAAGUUUCAGACCUCACUUUUAGACGUUAUCAGACGAUCUUCAGGAUUAAAAAACUGCUGAGAGCUGAAGGUGUGUGAGGAUCAGAGAGUCAGAUUAAACUCUCUGUAACCUUAAACUCUGUCCCUUUAAACAUUCAGACUGUGUGGAUUAUAUUCUCUGACUUCCUGUGAUCGCCCGCUCUGUGUGUGUGAUAUUUCUGAAUGCAUCCUCGUUUCUCUUACGUCAAAGUUAGAUUUAGACUUUUUCUACAUUACAAAAUAAAAGCUUCAAUAAGA